AUGGGUAGAAUAGAUCGUACUUUUGUUAGAGCAAUAAAUUUUGUACAAAAUUCACCACAUUGUUAUGUUUUUUUGCCGAGAUUCUUCAGUACUUUGACACAAUCUUUCCAAUCCCGUAAUGAUGUCUACAAAUUACUGACUAACACACCACCUCCUGGUAUAGAUGAAUUAUAUGCCGGCAUAAAAUACCUUUCUGGACCGGAAAGAAUACAUGCUGUCAAAGAUUCCCAAUUUGAUGACUACAUGGAUGAGAUAGAGUCAAGGAUCUCUAGUAUGAACUCGGCAUUUUUGGGCAAUUAUUCACUAAGACUAUCGCUGUUAGCACCACAAAAUCCAAAGGUUGUGAAAGUUGUUGAGGCAAUUUGCGAUGCGCUAAUUGGUCGUCCAGAAGCGCAUCCUAGGGAAAUUAUUCAGUGCGGCUUUGCAGCAGCCUCAGUGGAGCUUGACAAACCACAGUUUUUCGAGUUUGUCAAACAGCAGCUCACGGCCAAUAUCGACUUGGCCUCGGCUGACACAUUAAACCUAUCGCUGCACAUGAUAUUUAAAUCAAAACGAACAGACAGAGUUCUUACGGCACUUGUUUGUGAAAAAUUAGCAGAACUAACUGAUCGUUUCAUAGCGCAUGAUGUUGUUAAUACACUUAGAACUUUGUCCCGUACUGCGUUAUGCAAGGGAUUUUUAUUAAGACGCCUUUCUACUUUAAUAGCUGAUAAUCUAGAUCAAUUUGAUAAAACACAGCUUAUACACUGUCUAUACCGCCUCUCGACACUCAAGUUUGUAACUGAAAAAUUCUAUUCCAAUGUCUAUACCGUAAUAGAGAGGGAAUUAACUAUGUUAUCUGAUCCAUUGAAGUUAAAAUUACUCAUUACUGCUUCGUUGUGUAACCUUAGGGAACACAAAGUGAAGGAACUGUUGAAGGGCAUAACUCCAGUUCAUGGAUGGGAGACAAGUUGCAUGUUUGACUACUGUUACUCACUCAUAUAUUUCAAUGGGGCAGGAAAGGACGUUUCAUCCAAGGUAAAAUCGUGUCUAAAACUGAUAGCCACCAGACAACCCAUUACCUCUCGUCGCUACGCCCUCACUUUCAAAGAGGCACUGGACGAAUUAGCCGCAACUAAUCCUGGAAUAUAUGAAUCUUUGUCUCCAGAAUGGACCAAAACAUUGGAUAAGUUUGUAAAGACUGAGAAGGAAAAGAUUGAAUUGCAACCCGGAUUCCAGGAAGUUAAACACGUUUUAGACACUGCGAGUAGACACUUCAAUUACACAUUUAAACCAUUAGAGGCCGUUGAUAAUUUCCAGGUUAAUUUUUUGGAGGAAUCAAAAAAGAUAGUAAUUGAUGUGGAGUCACCGACAUUAUUGUCCAACUUUGCGAUUAAACAUAGAUAUUUGAGUGCAAAGGGUUAUAAGCCGUUGUGUGUUAGGUAUUGGGAAUGGAGGAGGAUAAAAACUGAGUCUGGUCAGCUAGAGUACCUUAAUAAAUUACUGCAGACAACUAAUGCCGCACUAUAG